AUGCCGCCCAUAGCAUCUGUUGCAGUUUCUGGGGGUGGUGCACUUGUAAGUGAAUAUUAUUGUAUUGCUCAGAACAGCAUUGAAACAGACAUUAGAAAGAAAUGUGACAAGUACUGCAGAAUAUCAGAAAAAAUAUGCUCAACAUUUAAAGAAAUGGUUAUUGCUCAAUAUAUUACUAGUGCAUUAUCAAUUUCCGUAUGCAUUUAUCAAAUAUCAACGGAGAAGGAGAGUCAAAUGCAAUUAUUAAUCUACUGUAUUUAUUUAUGUUGUAUGAUGACUCAACUUUUCAUUUAUUGUUAUUUCGGCAAUGAAGUGACAAUACAGAGUCAAAGUUUGAGAACCUCGAUUUUUCAUAUUGACUGGUCACUACUAUCGUUAGAAGUAAAAAAGGAAUUAUUAAUUAUUUUUAUUCGCACGUCUGUACCUAUUGAAAUGUUCAAAGGAGUAUUUAUGACUCUAACACUAGAAUCCUUUAUAAAUAUUCUAAAGGUUUCUUAUACAGCCUUCAAUGUACUCAGAGAUUCAGCGUGA